AUGGCUUCCACACUUCUUGUUCCUCAACUUCUCUCAUCUCCCACGAGUCUCAACGUCGCAGCUCCAAGAACCUAUUAUACCUUCAACGCACACAACACUCGUCGAACAGUAAAAUGCUCUUCAAACGCAGAACCAAAAGAUCAGCAGUUCCUCGACCUCACACCUUCACCCGACUCAAUCAACACCACAAGCGCCGAGAAGUUCCCCAUCGAGAAACGUCGAAGAUCCGAGAUCAUACGCGACAGGAAACAAAGAGGCAUCGAGAAGCCAGAGCCACCGAACUUCGAGAUCGGCUGGAAGAGAACGAAAGAGAUAAACUUGGAGAAACCAAAAGGGUACGUGAUAAUGGACUUCUUGGAGAAGUUCGAAGGGUUGAUGGCGAGAGAGUUCGGUUCCAAGGAGCUUUUGGCUAAAGCUGGGGAGAUAGUCGCGGAGAGGGCGAGGGAAGAAGCUGAGGUUUUGAGAGACGAAGGUGAAGUUGAGGAGAGGAUGGUUACUGAGCUUUUCAGGGUUUUGAAGUUGAUGGAGAUGGAUUUGGCUAUGGUUAAAGCUUCUGUUAAAGAAGAGACUCUCAGUGAGAGGAUUGAACAAGCUAGAGCGAGAUGUAGACAAGCUAUUCUUGUUGCUAAUUCUUUUUAAGACCAUUUCGAAAAGAUCUUUAACUUGUUUGGUUCUGUAAUAAUCACAAAGAUUCAUGUUUUUGUUUUAUAAGACCAUUUGGUUUUCAAACUU